AUCCUCUAACUUCCAGUGAACGUCAUUCAAAACACACUCCUUCCCAACUCCUUCAACUAUGGAGGUGCAAAGCUGCGUCAUGUUUGCCAUAGCUGUGAUAUUACUCACUGUUCUCUUUAAGAAGCAAAUAAUAAAGUGGAUAACAUCUGUAAGAAUCUACAAACGGCUGUUUGCAUUGCUGUACCACCAGUGGGACAAGUAUCCAACACCAUCAAAAAAGAUAAGACAGAAACUGCUUGUUCAAGUCGUCGAAAAGUUGACAGAGAUUGGUGGAGAUGUUAUGGAAGUUGGAAUAGGAAGUGGGAGAAAUUUAGAGUUUAUGAGGCUGCCAACGGGUUCUUCUCUAAUUGCCGUCGACUAUAACCCAGACAUGGAAGGAUUAUUACGUGAAGGCAUGACAAAGUUCCCCCAAAACAACAUUCACCUCAAGAAGUUUAUUGUGGAAGAUGCAGCAAACAUGAAAAGCAUCGACGACAAUUCUGUUUCUGUGGUGUUGGCUACACAAUUGCAUUGUUCCUUAGACGAAGAAUCUAUAAGAAAGGCUAUGGCAGAAAUUAAAAGAGUGCUAAAGGAAGGAGGUUGCUACUUUUUUCUUGAGCAUGUAUUAGAUGAACCWGGAACACUUAGGAGAUUUGUUCAGAAGCUCCUAUAUUCAGUGAUCAUAUUCUUACCUUUACUCGGUGGUGGGUGUAGGUGUGAUAGAGAGACAUGGAAAUACCUCCAUCAAACAGGAUUUAGAGAAGUUUCAUUCCAGAGAUGCCAAGAGGAUUUBUUCUUCUUCUGGAGUGCCCCAGUUUUGUCAGUUCUUCGCUAUAUGUCACGCUCCAAGAUAGUUGGUUUUGCUAUGAAAUGAAAAAAAAAAUCAUGACAUACAUUUAUUUAUUUUAUUUUGUUUGAGCGAGCGAUAUUUUCUCGUUUACGGCAAACGUGAAAUCAGUUGACCAUUAAAAAAUUCUUG